CUCGACGAGCGCGUUCGUUCGGUUAUUUAGUUAAAUAUUGCACGCUCGCGGCGUCGGUUCUGCUCUCAAAAUGCGAUAACGAUCCAUUACGUGUGUAAACAUUUGAGCAGCGUGCUCUGUUCCAAACAAAAAUAAAUUCAACUGGGCGAGUCUUCUAUGACAGAGCUUUGGAGUCGCUGGAGGACCGUGCUAAGAGUCGCUACCUUAUAAUUGGAAAGCAGGCAUUAUGAAAAUCGAGUGGGCACCCAGAGAAGUUCCCAUGGAGCGGCGUCGCCAGACGUUUGCCAUGGCCUUUUUCAUUGUUUCCUUUAUGAUCCUAUCCUUCGGAUCCUACAUACUGUGUGCUGCCCUGCUCAUCUAUGGUGGCCUCAUAAUUCGCAGCGUAGUGCUAAUCUACUUGGUCUACGUCUAUGUGAAUCACAGCAGAACCCACUCCAUUAUGGACGGCAAUGGCUGGAAGAUUAACCGCAAUAACUGGCUGUUUCGACACUAUCGGGACUACUUUCCCGUGCAGCUGGUUAAAACAGCCGAGUUGCCCCCGAACAAAAACUAUAUCAUGGCCAGCUUUCCCCAUGGAAUUCUGGGGACUGGCAUUUCCAUCAACAUGGGUCUAGACAUCUCCAAGUGGCUGGAGCUGUUUCCGCAGGUCAGACCAAAGGUGGCCACUCUGGAUCAGAACUUCCUGACGCCCAUUGUGCGUGGUCUGCUGCGAUCCUGGGGCUUGGUCUCGGUUUCCAAGGAGGCUUUGGUCUAUCUGCUGACCAAAUCGAAUGAUCCCAAGCACAAGGACAAUCGAGAUGGCUUCACCUCCAAUGCUGUGGCCAUACUGGUGGGCGGAGCUCAGGAGGCCCUGGACUCGCAUCCUGGCAAAUACAUUUUGACCCUGAAGAAUCGCAAGGGAUUCGUCAAGAUGGCCAUUCGAACGGGGUCCUCGAUUGUGCCCACCUUUUCCUUUGGCGAGGUGGACAUUUUGGAUCAGGUGGCCAAUCCCCCGAACUCCCCAAUUCGCCGUUUCCAAGAUUUUGUGAAGAGAUUCACAGGCAUUUCCCCGUUAAUUCCCAAGGGUCGUGGUGUGUUUAACUACACCUUUGGUUUCCUGCCCAAUCGACGCCGCAUCGUCCAAGUUGUUGGCUCUCCCAUCGAUGUGGUACAAAGUGAUCAGCCGGAUGCUGCUUAUGUGGACAAAAUUCAUAAGCAGGUCAUUGAGGCCCUGGAAAAGAUGUUUGAAAAGUACAAGGAUGAAUAUAUUCCCAAUUCCAAACAGAGCAAGCUGAUAAUUCACUAGUCACCCUAAAGUUUCCUGUUAUUUUGUUUUAUAGAAAAUGUGAUCAAAGUAAUGCUUUAUAAGCAUUUAUUAGAAACAAGUUUUAUAAUCUUAAAAA